AUGAGUAAUAUAUUUUCAGACCAAAUAUUACGGAAAACACCGGAACUGCAUCAGCACCGGAACCCGAAAAUCUAUUGCGAGGGCAGUGCUGAAUUCAACCCGGAUAUUGGGUUUGCCUACUGUUCCCCAUGUGGCUAUGCUUUCUGUACGAACUGUGGGAAUGCCUUUCAUGGGGGACUGGACUGUCACGGACCGGCCGUUCCCCUACUCAACACAGACCUUAUUGUUAGGGAAAUGGAGGCUAGAGUUGAAAACGUGAGAUCCCAACGGAUGGUAAUAGAGAAACGGGAGGUUCGGGAACGGGAGAGACUAGUGAGUGAACCACAGGAUCGAGAUGUAAGGGAACGGGAGAGAGUGGAAAGGGAGCUUAUCGAUAAUGAACGGGCCAUAAGGGAAGAGGAGAGACGGGAAAGGGAUCGUCUGGAAAGGGAACGACAGGAAAGGGAGGUUAUGGAACGGGAGAGAGUGGAAAGGGAUCGCGUUGAAAAAGAUAGGAUCGAUAGGGAACGGGCCAUAAGGGAAGAGGAGAGACGGGAAAGGGAUCGUCUGGAAAGGGAUCGACUGGAAAGGGAGCGUCAAAUAAUAGAAAAUGAGAGACUGGAAAGGUUGAGACGGGAACGGGAGGCCCGGGAGUUGGAAAGUAAACAGAGACGGGAACAAAAGAAAAAGGACGACAAGGCCUCCGAAGAGUUGAUUAGGAAUUCUUGCAAAAGAUGUCCUGGAUGCAAAAAUUACAUCGAG